AUGACAACCCCGCCACCAAAACGCCAAAAGCGCAAUGAAUACCGCAAUGAAAGAAACGCUCAAGAGACUGGGCCAAUUCAAAUGCCCAAGAAACGGCUAUUCCGCCAACGAGCCCAUGCGAAUCCCUUUUCAGAUCACCAGUUGAGCUACCCGAUCAGCCCGGAUCAUAUGGAUUGGUCCGUCCAUUUCCCAGCCUACGUGGACCCAGACCCGAGUAAGACGAAUGCAGCCGGUGCGCGGAAGCUAUUGAAAGACGUGAAGGUUGCCGAUAUAGGAUGCGGGUUUGGAGGAUUGCUGGUCGCUCUGGCGCCGGUGAUGCCUGAUACUCUGAUGGUCGGAAUGGAAAUCCGCAUACAGGUCCUCGAAUACGUCACGGCGCGAAUCCAGGCUCUCCGGUCGCAACAACCGCCUCCUGAAGCGCCGCCGGAGUCAACUCCUUCAGACGAAAGUCUACAGACGCAAACGCAAUCGCAAGCGCCAGCGCCAGCGACCCCAUCUCCCUCCUCGACCGCCGUGUCUCGUGCGUCAUAUCAGAAUAUAUCAGCCAUCCGCACAAACACGAUGAAAUUCCUCCCCAACUUCUUCUCGCGCCACCAACUCUCCUCGAUAUUCAUCUGCUUUCCCGACCCACAUUUCAAGGCGCGAAAGCACAAGGCGCGAAUCGUCUCGACAACGCUGAAUGCGGAAUAUGCAUAUGUGCUCAGGCCGGGAGGCAAACUAUACACGAUAACUGACGUGGAAGAUCUGCAUCUCUGGAUGGUCAGCCAUUUUGAAGGGUCUGCGGAUGACGCAGCGGGGAACGGGAUUAGUGAGCUGUGGGAGCGAGUCGGUGAUGAAGAGUUGGAGCAGGAUGUGUGCGUUAAGAUUAUGAGAGAAGAGACGGAGGAGGGGAAGAAAGUUACUAGGAACGGAGGGAAGAAGUUUGUGGCCGUAUGGCGGCGAAAGGAGGAUCCGGAAUGGAUCCCAUGA